GUCGGUCUCACGGCUUGCAUUCGUGGAGUCACGCCCCAGAAAUAAUCAGCAAACUAGAAGAAAACCGGAUUUACACGGGAAACGGGGAUAGAUUUCUUGCUGGACGCAAGCACUUUCCUAUAGUGUUGAUUUGUUUGGUAGGACCGUGGGAUUGCCAAUCAAACUACCUUCAAAAUGGCGACACGAGCUCCUUUGGCGCCUCCGCCAAACGAGACGGAAUCCUCCGUCAGCCGGAUCACUCGAGAGGGCAAGAAACUCACGUACAAACUCAAUGUCAUGCAACAACCGGAGCGUGCGCGAGCCUGCGGUGCAGGUGCUAAGUCGUCUGCGGACCGUCGCCCAGUCGAUCCUCCACCGGUCGUCGAGCUUCGAGUAUACGAGUCUGAUCCCAACGACGACCUUAACAAGACCGAUAUCACCUUCGCAUACAACGCCAAUUUCUUCCUAUACGCCACUUUGGAAACCGCUCGUCCCAUGGCCCAAGGCCGUUUUGCCCCGAACCCGACCUGCCCUGUAUUGACCGGUGUGCCCGUAGCGGGAGUGGCUUACUUGGACCGCCCAUCGCAGGCCGGUUACUUCAUCUUCCCAGAUCUUUCCGUGCGACAUGAGGGUGUAUAUCGAUUGAACUUCCACCUGUACGAGGAAACCAAGGAAAGCAAGGAUGCGAACGAGAAUGCUCCGAUCCAGUCCUCCAUGUCCAACGCAAUGCCCUCGAAGCCGAUGGCGCCGAAGUCAUUCCUAGAUUUUCGUCUCGAGGUCGUUUCGGUUCCGUUCACCGUCUUUAGCGCCAAGAAGUUCCCUGGGCUGACCACGAGUACCUCCCUGAGCCGGGUCAUUGCAGAGCAGGGUUGCCGUGUACGGAUUCGACGUGAUGUCCGCAUGAGACGUCGGGGAGAGAAGCGCACAGAUGACUAUGACUACGAUGAGGAGAGAGUCUACCGAUCCUCUGACCGAUUCUCCACCCCAGAUACCCACGGGUACGCAGGCACUCCCGUUGAACGUCCUCGAUCAACCAGUAUCAGUACGGUGGAUCCCUCGUUCCCCUACGGUGUCGAUGCUCAGCGCCGGUCGUCAGGCGCGACCGAGUAUGGUUUCCAGGGUGCACAGCCAUACCAACGACCAAUGCCUCCUGCUCCCGCACCCGCACCAGCCGCCGUGUCCACUCCCGCUCCUCCCGCACCGCCCGCACCACCAUCCCAUAAUACCGGGUAUCAGUCACAUCUCUCCUUUGGCUCGACUCAAACUCAAUAUCCAGCUCCCCAACUGCCUCCCACUCCACAAUCCACGUCGACGUUGGCAGCUCCGUACUCUCCGCAUCCCUCGUAUUCUCAUGCCCGGAAUCCAUCGACGAGCGCCGAGUAUGAAACGACCGGUUACCCCUAUCCGCCUUCACGGAUGUCAACGGAACGUUCCAGCUAUCCCAAGAAUGGCUUGCCUCCGCUCCGCUUGGAACCGCCUAAGCCACUAAAUAUGUCAUCCAGCGAGCCACGCUCGUCUGAUCCGAACGCAUACCAUUCCGUGGCUCCAUCGGCGGCGCCCCGGUCUCAGACACCGUCAUCGAGUCUGGUACCCUCUCUUCCGCCCCUCAAGGCUCUAUCGGGAGAUUAUCCCAACAACCUCUCUCAACCAUCCAGCAGUAUCUCUCAGAGCCCCAGUCACGAUCUCGGCGCAGGCAAGAAGUUCUUGUGGGAUACGGGUGCCAGCUUGUCCAAGCGGUCGUACGAAGAUUCGUUUGGCCAUGAUGAUCGUCCUCUCUACAACGGCAUGCGCCCCGAUACGGAAGGCUAUCCUCGGAGGCUAUCAGAUGCCGGUCGGAACUUCUACACCGAUUCGCGCGAUGAAAUGGCGUAUAAACGAGCCAACGGGAGAAUGGCGACGAAGAUUUCCCCUGCCCUCCAGUAAAACCGGUUGCUUUGUGCUUUUCCGCUCAUAUAGGACGGCGUCUUGGGCGAAUGGUCGUCGAUUGAUUUCUUUCACGUAAUCUGUUCCUUUUUCCUAAUGUACUCUGGUGUGGUGGGCUUCAGGGAUACCUUUUUAACGAACCAGACUUUUGAUGUUUAUACCACCGUUCUUUUUCCUUUUCCUCUUCUUUUUAUCGAUCUUUGGCAUUGUUGUAUAUGAUGCUCUGCAUGUGAUUUUCAAGAUAUCCCCCGGAUGGUUCUUGCCUUCAUUUUAUAUACGACAGCUCUCGUGUUUAUUAUCCGAUGUGUUUUCCAGGUAUA